AUGGAUGACGACCAUAUCAUGCGCAAGAAGCCAGAAGCAAUCGAAUUGGAGUUCCAAGAUAGCGGAGAAUCUUCUCUUGUAAAGAGCACACUACUGAGUAGUCUCCAGAAUAGCGAGUGGGAGCAUGCAGUGAGGAGAGAAGUGAAAAAAUUCCUUGAGAAAGCCGGUGACGAUGUGAACGCGAAGGAGGUAUUCGACGCAGUCAAAGACAUGGCGAGACGAGAGAUUCCACAAGACGCGAAGAAGAAACUCUAUGACCAAGUGCUCGAAUUCGUAACGACAGUGAACAACCGAUGA